CUACUCCAGAUGCAUACAGAACGAUUGGGGAGCUCUUCGCUGUAGGGACAUCAAGUGCUUGUGUAAUUACACAUGAAAUUUGCAGAGUAAUGCAAGACCAUCUACUACCUAGUCUUAUUGCAUUCCCACGUGGAGAAAACCUGCAGGAAGUUUUAGAGGGAUUUCAACAUGAGCUCAACUUCCCACAAUGUGUAGGAGCUAUUGACGGCAGUCACAUAGAAAUAUAGAAAUAUCAGCCCCUUCAGAGAAUGCCAAGGAUUAUGUAAACCGUAAAGGUUUUCAUUCUGUCAUACUGCAGGCAGUUGUCGACCAUCGAUGCCGGUAACUGUUUCUUUUCUUCGUCCCCUUCACAAUUUUUUUCAAAGGAUACAAGGUUUUAAUUGUAGGAAAAAAUUAACCUAUUUGUUGGAUAUUUUAGCCAAAGAUUAUAUGUUAUAUAUGAAUGAUGCACCUUGACAGGUGGACAAUCCAGGCAAUAUUUUAAUACGCUUGCCCAAUCUUAUUGCCAUUUUGUAUAAUUUCUUUGACACCAUUUCUGCUUACAAUAUUUUCACAGGUUUACUGAUAUUCUAGUGGGGUGGCCGGGGUGCGUGCAUGACGCAAGAGUGCUUUCAAAUUCCUCUCUGUUUCAAAGAGCUCAAGCAGGAAGGCUUCUUCCAAUGCAAACUGCAGAGAUAGAAGGUGUCCAGGUGCCUCUCUUUCUUAUUGGCGAUCCGGCCUAUCCGCUACUGCCCUGGUUAAUGAAGGGGUUUUCUGACACUGGCCGCUUAACUCCUGAUCAACAUCGCUUCAACACUAGAUUAAGCAGUGCACGCAUUGUUGUAGAACGAACAUUUGGAAUGCUAAAGAUGCGCUGGAGAAGCAUCUAUAAGCUUAAUGAAAGCAUGGUUGAAAAUAUAGUCCACCUAGUCACUGCUGCCUGUGUACUUCACAAUCUUUGUGAAGUAGAGCGUGAUGUCAUAGACUUCAACAUCGAAAAUGUGCCUCCAGACAUUCAACCCAUAGGGAAUGACCAACCACCAGUUAAGGACAUGAACAAUUCCCAGGCAUAUAGAAAUGCACUUGUACGCCAUUUUAGUCGUAAUGAAUAA